AGCUUUUUUCCAGAUCAUAUGAUAUCUUUUCCAAGUGAGACCAAUGCAGCUGUAAGCAGCUCUGGGAUAUUACAGAUGUUCUUAAGCUCCAGCACGUAUCCUGAGAUUCAUGGUUAUCUGCAUGCAAAGGAGCAGGGAAAAAAAUCGUGGAAAAAAUUGUACUUUAUUUUGAGAAGAUCUGGCCUUUAUUUUUCCACUAAAGGUACAUCUAAGGAGCCAAGGCAUCUUCAGUUUUUCUGUGAAUUCAGCAAUAGUGAUAUGUACAUGUCUUUGACAGGCAAAAAGAUUUCUGGAGCACCAACAAAUUAUGGAUUCUGCUUUAAGCCUAACAAAUCAGGAGGAACCAGAGACCUGAAACAGCUCUGUGCAGAUGAUGAACAGAGUAGGACCUGUUGGAUGACAGCAAUUAGAUUGCUUAAGUAUGGGAUGCAGCUGUAUCAGAAUUACAUGCAACCUUAUCAAGGUAGAAGUGGCUGCAGCCCUUUGAACGUAACACCUAUGAGAAGCAUUUCAGAAAAUUCUUUGGUAGCAAUGGAUUUCUCAGGACAUAGAAGCAGAAUUAUAGAAAAUCCAACAGAAGCCCUUUCAGUUGCAGUUGAAGAAGGAUUAGCAUGGCGGAGGAGAGGGUGUCUACGGCUCAACACACAUGGUAGUCCUAUUGCCGUGUCUAACAUGGCUAUACACAGAUCUCAGUCAUGGUUUCAUCAUAAAAUCUCUAGAGAAGAAGCUCAGAGACUUAUUUUGCAGCAUGGACUUGUGGAUGGGGUAUUCCUGGUACGUGAUAGCCAAAGUAACCCCAAAACAUUUGUGUUGUCAUUGAGUCAUGGAUUAAAAAUAAAGCAUUUUCAAAUUGUUCCAUUGGAAGAUGAUGGGAAGCUAUUCUAUACCCUUGAUGAUGGCCAUACCAGGUUUACUGAUCUCAUCCAGCUGGUGGAAUUCUACCAACUUAAUAAAGGAGUACUGCCUUGCAAGUUAAAACACUAUUGUGCACGAAUUGCUCUUUAACCAAAGCGUCUGUUGUUUCAUCGAAGGGAAAGGAAGAUACUAGGAUACUUUUUCCCCUAAAGAUGAUUUGUAUAGUAAGAAGGGAAAAAGCAUUACAUUGUAAAGAUUCUAUAUUUAAGCUGAAAAAAAAAUUAUAUUCUAUAGAGAUAUGAACUUUGCUUUGUGAUUGUCACAGCAAAAUUAAUGUCAUGAUUUUAAA